UGGUUCUAGCGGUGCUGGUACUGGCAGUGGUGGAGGUGGACCGGUGCUGAAGAAGGGGCCAUGGACGGCUGCGGAAGAUGCGGUGUUGAUCGAGCAUGUGAAGAAGAAUGGAGAGGGGAAUUGGAAUUCAGUGCAGAAGAACACGGGUCUGGCCCGGUGCGGCAAGAGUUGCCGGCUCCGGUGGACCAACCACCUCCGACCCAACUUGAAGAAAGGCUCUUUCACUCCUGAGGAAGAGAGGUUGAUCCUCAAGCUGCAUUCUCAGCUCGGCAACAAAUGGGCCCGCAUGGCUACCCAGCUACCUGGGCGAACAGACAACGAAAUAAAGAACUAUUGGAAUACAAGAAUCAAGCACCGCAUCCGCCAAGGCCUCCCUCUGUAUCCUCACGACAUCGCUCCUGAACAUCUGCCGUCUUCAUCGGUACCGCGGGCGAUGGAGCCCCGAUCGAACACAGCAACCCAGCUUCACACACAGGCCCCAAUCCAAAUCCUAACCCAACCAAGACACACCAGCCAAGACCUGCCACAGAUUCCCAGCAGCAUGCUUCUCUCACCACAGUAUUCUCAGCAUUAUCUCAAAUCGAGCUUCAACAAUGGUCUCUUCUACCCCUCCCCCUCUCUUGCUUGUCCCGCAAGCACAUUCACCAAUACUCACACCACUCCAGUUCUCGCAUCCUCUCCUCUCCAGUUGAAUGGUACUUAUGAAGACACUUCCGGGUUUUCACUCUCUUUUCUGCCCAUGUCACUCGGUUCUUCUCCGUUUCCAUCUGUUCCUACACCAACCCAGUUGCCUAGCAUGGGUUCUUUUCAAUUUAGUCCACUGAGCUGCAAUGUGAGUUCACCUCAGUAUGUGCAGACUCAGCUGGAUUCAGACAGAUACUUGCCAUCCGUUUCAAACUUUCCCUCAAAAUCAGAGCUCCCUUCAAGCCAAUUGUACCUAUCCCAAACUGGACAACCAGAGACCGACGUGAAGCGGAGACGGGGUGUGUAUCGCAGUGGUAGUGGGUUAUUGGAGGAUUUGCUGGAGGAGGCUCAAGCACUAUCUAAUGAAAACCCACAGACGCAAAGCUUCAUGAACUUGCAACCGGAGAAGCUUGACUUCUCCUUGAGGUCUGGUUGUGAUUGGGAUGUUGGAAGCUCUGUCAAUGCCUCUGCAGCGAACUUGGGCCAUUCCCAUUCUGAGAUCGACACUCGCAUAGGUUUUGGUUUGCCUUUGGCACAAGAAGGAACCAACGUCGAAAAAGAUGCUGCACAGCAGAUCUACUCCAUGGAAGAAGAAGAUUUCUCGAAGUUGCUUAAUGCCGUCCCUUCGACCCUUCAGAGAGGGAAUCUGGGGCAUUCCACCCUUGACAUCGACACUUGUUACGCUUCCACCGGGGCAGAUAUAACCAUGGGAGGGCUCGAGAUGCAGCAACAGAUAGCACCGUCACUUCCAGCCAGUACUGCUGUCGACAAUGAAAGAACUCCCGGCCCCAGCUCUUGGGACAACUUACCCGGAAUUUGUUGAGGCACAUGCGAGAAUGACAAAAAAGCUGUUCGACGAUUCGCCUUUUUAAGAAAAUCGUCUAAAUUGGGCUUUAGAGGGGCUUAUUACCUAUCAUAUCAAUGGUACAUUGAGCUGAUGAAACUGAUAUUGGCUAUAUCUGGAAAAAAACUACACCUUUUUGGACUGUAUUAUCAUAAUAUGUCUGUCUUCUUACUUCCUAAAGACCUUAUGAUGUGUAUAAUCCUAUCUAAUGUCAUGACUUCUA